UGAGAUGACAUUUCACUACUGCGCCUGCGACUCAUGUAUACAUCGCUGAUCAAUGGGACAAAGCUUCCUGUCGCCGGGGGGAGCCAGCCGAAGGGAUGCGGAUGGUCUUCGAUAGGCCGUUGAAGAUGCAUGCUCUCUUUACCAGUGCCGCUGUUCCUGAUAACGUACGCAGUGGGUUCUUCAUCUGAGGCCAUUCACUGCGACACCGGUAUCUCCGGCAGGCUAGUAGGAUAUAGCAGUGACAGAGAGACACUUGCGUCAGCAGGGCCACGUUCGUUGCACGAUAGAUUGGACAUCGCCAAUUUUCUACUUUGGAAAAAGUAUUGGACGACACCCCGCUCGUAGCAAGUUAGGGUUUAUUAUUCACGGUACAAGCCGGCUCCCUCGCAGGGAUUUACCUUCAAAAACCAGUCACUGGCGCGGUGCACUAUUAUUGAAUGUCCACGGAGCCGGAGUGAAGGGCAAUAAGGAAGGGGUUGGAAGUGCCGGGCGUGACACUCAGCGCUCAUUCGUCAGUAUUUAAAUGGCAUUUUUACGCUUUGAGGCACAUGCAAGUAGAGGAGAUAUAUACAUCGUCGAAGGGAAAGAGGGAUAACUAGGCCUUCCCGACAAGUAUCCUUUGCCUUGGGACGCAGUCAAAUGACGAUAUGAUGAGAAAUGAUCUUCGACAAACCUAGCCCAUGGAAAAAUGCAUGCAACGCGCCUUGUAAAGCUAAUGAUGUAUCUGGGCUCCUCAUCCGAGGCA